GCAAAAAAAAAAAAAACGUCUGUAAUCCCUGUGCUGGCCAUGCGGGCAACGAAUCAGGUCAUCCUGUGAAAUGUGCCUGACACGAAGUGUGACAUGGAUUCUGGUGGUUUUCCUGACAGCCUGGAGCGUUCAUCUGUCAGUCCAGUCUCUGGGAUCAUGGGUUACACAAAUUACGAGCCCAGUGUUUACCAGACAGUUAUCAACAGUUGCCAGCUGCUUGAGAAAUUUUCAAUUGGCAACUUACUCCGAUCGGGUUCUCAAAGGUACCAAAGAGGUGUAACAUGUAUCCGGAACAAAAAUCAGCAAAUCAUCAAUCAACAAAUCUCCAGCACGGGAACGACAAAAGCCACAACAGCAGGAACCGCUUCGACAACAAAGGCAACAACUGCCACAAUAUCGACAACAAAGGCAACAACUACCACAACAAAGGCAUCAACUGCCACAAUAUCAACGACAAAACCAACAACUGUCACGCUAACGACGACAAAAGCAACCACAGCGACAACGAAACCGACAUCGACAGUCACGGCCAGCGCAACAACAACCGCCACAACUAGAACUAACUCAGCAACCACUACUUCUAGUCCUACUAGUACAGCCUCUACUGCUGGUACUGGUACAACUACUCUAACCUCUACGAAUACAGCAACAACUACAAAGCCAGUCAGCACAACGACUACGACAGUAACCACCACAAAAUCCAGUGCGACAACUGCUACCACAAAGUCAGGCAGUGUGACGACGAAUUCGGCAACAACAGUCGCGCCAAUUUCGACAACGACGACAGCAACUGCGACAGUGUCGUUGGAACAAGUGCCGCCUUUGGCGAGACCUUUCAUUGCCUUCGCGAAUCUCGGAAGACGAUGCGGUUCAAUUUCUGAUAAAAUCUUGGAGACUGGAGAAGAAACAGCCGAUAAAAUCAAUGAUGACAAAGAAGCUCUGGAGGCCUUAUCAGAAGUUGCAAAAGCAGUUAAAACUUUGGCUCGACAGCAAACUCAAGCAGCCGAAGCCAGGAUCAGAUCUCUGAACAAAAAAAUCAACAGUGCUACCGAAAACGACUUCGUUCAGUAUUCAGGAAAGAAACUGUGGGAAGACGUAGUGCAUAAGAACGAAUUCCCCGAUGACAACAGCCAAGAAAAAUCCGAGGACGAGUUGUUGGUGAGAAGCUCCACGUACCAGCCAAAUGAAGACCGAAGCGACAAAAAAUACUUCCCAUUCUACGACCACAAAUCCGGGGAUUUCACAAAAUUGCCCGAGUACAGUUAUCAGGAUAAUGUUGAGCACCGAAGUCGCCGCAUGCGGGACGCCGUGAACAACUCCGAAGCUCAUCCCUGGAAAAUCUGGAAAGUCAAGGAGUAUAUUUUACCCAUGUGUCCUCUGGAAUCUUCAACAGCUGCGAUGACGACAACUGAAGCUCCAGCUUAUUACGCAGAUCUCUGCAAAUAUUCUACAACAGCUUUCACGUGUCCGACAAGGGCGACUAAAAAGAUAAUUUGCACAACAGCGGAGAAGCAUUCUUCAUCUGAGGAGAGCUAUUCAGGCACUAAAUCCGUGUGCAAGAUUCUUUGUACGACUGUCAAUCCUAGAUGUCGCCCCUCGUGCCCCGACAGAAAACGGACCAAUAAGGUGGUCUGCCCUUCGGUAACGACGAGAUAUUUCACCUGCCCCACGUACGCUCCCAAAACGACGCCAUUGUGUCCAACUUCGACAGCAUUGUUCCCAACUUCCGCGACUGAACCUACUUCUACUAGUUGCCACACCACCCAGAUCACUACUUCAGAAACCGCGACUAAUUCUGACACAACUUCGGAUUCAUCGACAUCAACCCUGAGUGAAAGUACAACUUAUUAUCCUUAUCUUGGAACAUUAGUGACUGAUUAUACUGACAGAACAUUAAUGGCAACAGGAAGUUAUUCUACCUUGUCAGAAACAACCAAUGCUUGGGAAAACGCCUUGAUGGUAGAGGGUGAAGAUGAGGAUGAAUUAGGCCUUCGAAAGGGGCAACCUUUUUACAUAGAGGGCCAGCAAGUGCCAAUUAUUUUCAUGCUUGCAAAACAGAACGGAGAACAAGAAGCUUACCUUCACGAUCCUAGUAAAAUUAUAGAAGACAUGGACGAAGCAAGCAUUCCAGAUGAAGUAGCAAAUUUUUUCAAGAAAAAGGACGCAAAGAAGAGGAAAAACUCAAAGAACAAAGUAAAGUUCCAAGAUUCAGUCAAAAUCAAUCAUCAAGAGGAAGAGUCCGAUACUCAACAGAUCAGGAUGCCAUCUAAACAAUCCAAAGGCAAAAAGAAAACUCUUACUAAACUUCAAGUCGAGCACAACAUCAUGCACGACGGAAUCCCGAUUGUGUAUCAAAACCGUUUCAAAUUAUGGCCUCAGCAAAAAAGAGCGGCGAUGAUCGCGAAGCAGGGAAAUAAAACUGGAAAAUUACUGUAACAAAAACAACAUAUCUUACCGUCGCUUUUUUGCAGUCAAGGGACAACGAUCAACGAACUUCGAGAAGGAAUUUGCAUCUUAAGGAACCAUAAAUGAGUACAUGUGCCACCGACUCAUCAACUGGUUCCAGAAAACCUGCAUUUUACGUCUGUGGACACACCUUACAUUACGUUUCUCUUCAUGACAUAUGCUAUUGAGUUCAGGGUUGAUUCAUGAGACCUAAAAGCAAUUAAUUCUGCUCCAGAUUUUAGCUAUAUAGUGUAUACUUAUAAUUGGAAAUAAAAAUCUGAGGAUCAAUUCUUCUAACGCCGGCAUGUACGGGUAUUCCAAUAUACAGUACAGUACUGUACACAUGCGCUAAAUUUUAUUUAAUUAUCCAUAUUUCUGCGGCUUACAAUAACAGUACACUGUACACGUUCAACGAAGAAAUCUACCUUUCACAUGCGUCGGGAAAACACAGGACGGCGAAGUUUGAAUGUACAGUAUCUUCUACAUAGUAACGUAGUACUUUAGUAUACAGUAUUUUAACUAUGGCACGAAGCUUUAUAAAUCCUGGCUCUGGCCACUUCCCAUCGCUGGAGAUAAGGCCUAUUCGACCGCGAGGGAAUAAGAAACAUGGCUACGCGCGUCGGUCUUCGGGAGCACGAGUUGAGACCCGAAGACGAGAACGACGCCCUCGCAGUGAACAAAUCCAGGACGGAGUGAAUUUGUUUCGUCUUGGUGCUACUAGAGGAACGGCGAGACUGCGUAUUGUGAUCCUAUAUAAUUGAAUUAUACCCGGAACGUGUAGCAGUUACUGCUUGUAUUUGAAAUAUUUCGUUUGUAGUGUUCGAUUUGGGUGGCACUCAAAAUGUUCAGGAUGUACGAGUUCUACUCGGUAGUUGUCAUGACAUGUUUUGAAGGUUUAUUCGUUUUUUCAUUCUGUAGGUCGCUAGAAUGACAUCCUGACAUAUCCCGCCAUGUGGGACGCGACUGCAUUUCCCAACUUGUGUUCGUUCCGUGAUUCUUGCCCGGAGACCGCUUCUCCGCGGGAGCAGUGAUCACUUCGAUUUUUUUUUCAAGUUUUCAAUCGUGUAUAGGGAGUUAAAACUCCCGAAGCCAUGUCCGCCAUGUGGGGAAUGAUGUGUGACGUGAUGCCGACCAUCUCGGAGGAUACCAUAAGCCAGCAAAACUCCCAGAUGAGUGGCGAAGAUGCCAAUAUGGAGCAACUUAUGCUCCAAAUGCUCGACGAGCGGGAUAAACUUGUGGAGUCCUUGCGAGAGAAUCAGGAACGCUUGCAGGAUAUGGAACUAAAGCUGUCAGACGUGGAAAAGGAAAGGGAUUCCCUACAACGUCAGAUUCAAGCUAGUCUUCCUCAGGUGAGUCUUUCGCUGUGAACGAAAAGUU